CCCAACACCCCACCCUCUCCUAGGCUCCACAGAUGCUCCCCUCAGCAGUCCCUCCCUUUCUCCUCCCCAUCAGCCCCUCCCACCACAGCUGCCCCUCCCCCCAGCACGCCACUCUCCCCCUCCCCCCAGGCCCCGUGGUUGCCUCCUUCCGCAGUAAGGGCUGCAUCCUGCCGGGGUUGCAGACCACGGGGGUGUCCCAGUACCGCCAGCCCCCCGAAGUGAGCAUCACCCUCUACGUCCACAUGUGCCCCACGGACCUGUGCAACGAUGACAGCACCUCGGCCUCCCUCUGGAAUGUGUCUGUUGGCUCCAGGCCACCCAACAGCAGCUACUCUGUGCCCAGCGGCCUCCGGUGCCAGGCCUGUGCGGCUCUGGAAUCCUGCCCUGAGGACUCGCCCUUGGUCACCUGCCCCGGGAGCAUCGGCUGCUACCGAGGGAUCCUCAAGCUCAUAACCAGCAACGCCUCCCUGCCACUGGCCCUCUGGGGCUGCGGUUCCUGGUCCAACUGCAGUCUGCUGGAGGGCUUCUGGACCCCGGGGCCCAUUGCCUUGAGUGAGGCUUGUGAGGAUGAGGAGGAAAGGAGGCACUUAAUGGGCCGCUGGGCCAUGAAAAAUACUGGGGUUUCACUGGGCCUGGGACCAGCUUGGCAGGUGAGACUGGGGUCCCUUCUGGCCCUUGGGGGACGCUUCCUUACCUGGCUCUGAACCCCUGGGACCUUGGUCUCUGACCCUGACCCUUCAUAUGGAGAUGAGGCCCUUCUGCACCCCGCCUCCACCUCCCACCAUCCCAUAUUCCAAACUGGAUCCCAGCCAAAUGGCUGUUGCCUUUUCCUUUCCUGACUGAGCCCCCACGGCCCUGGGCUUUCCUAAGCCUCUCAGCGCUGCUCACCGCUCCUGCCUCUGUCCGAGGGGCUCUGCUUUGGAUGGACAGACAGAACCCGUGUCUCCACAAUAAAGCUGCUU